AUGAUUUCUCCAAGCAAUCUAUACCAGUGUGCGUCCUUUGCAAAGAACAGAAAUGCCAAGCAGCGGUCGGCUUUUAGGGAUGAUGGGGAGGAUGAGGAUGUGGUGGCUCAGAUAUAUGAAGCAACUGAUCAGAUGGGUGAAGAGAAGCUCAUUGGGCUCAGUGGGAAUUUUGAGUACUGA